GUGCUUGCCAUGGGCAAAGACCUCGUGUUUAUGUGUAUUGACCACGCGUCGGCGCUGUCCCCGACGUUGUGGGACACUACCGACAGUGGCUGUAUGCGAUCUGAACGUGCAUUACAUACGUUGACUAUCUACGCCCAUGUCGCACCAUCUAUUUCUGUUAUCGCCAUCGGACACGCCAUUGUACAGCUUGACACAUUAUUCUACGAAGCCUGCGCAGACGACACCCUCGCCGCUUUCAUCUAAUCUGCCAACGUGGUCGACAUCUGCCUUUGCUGGGACGCUGACUGCAUUGUCUGGUGCCACGAGUGCAACUCAAUCUCACCAUGUGCAAGGAGGCGGUGUGAGGAUGGGCGGUGGGCAAGAUCGACAUGUAAUACAGAUGAUUGCCAAUGCAAGCCUGGAUGUCAUCGAGGAUGUCAUGAAGAAAGAGAGUGCAAUGUAUCUUAAAUCUGUGGACAAGUUCAAUGAAUGGCUUGUAUCUGCGUUCAUAACUCCAGGAAACAUGAAGUUCAUUCUACUUCACGAAACAAAGAACGACGAUGGGAUCAGAUCAUUCUUCCAUGAUGUAUGGGAGCUAUAUGUGAAGACAAUGUUGAAUCCAUUUCAUACGGCGCAUACAGGGAUACGCAGCACGACGUUUGAUACACGUGUACGGGCGAGUGCGAAGAAGAACCUGUGACGGAGCCGAGACAAUAGAGAGGCAGUGGCGGGGCUGUUUUGGGUGAUGAUCUCUAUCAAAUAGCAGGCUGUAUCUAUAUAGUUUUGGUCCUUUUGUGGUGAUCGAGGUCCUCACUUUGUGCGUAAAACAGCCACAGCAGCCAUCUUUCGCUCUCAGGCUCUUUCCUCU